ACACAAAAGUAAAACAUGACGUGUGUAUAGAUGUGAGAUUCACCGCCUGUAAACUCCAUUAAUAUAUCUCGAAUGUCUGAAACUCGCAGAAAUCAAGAAAAAGAAAGAAAAUUCCAAUCCAGACAAGAAAUCCUCUGUUUUUGUCCGAUCGGAUCAGGCAUUUUCAGUUCUUAGAUUUACAUUUCUUUUUAUUUUCUUUGUUUUAUCCUGUAAAACCCAGAUUUGGUUUCUUCAACCCAAACAUGAAUAGCGAAGUCUCUGAGCGGAUUCAUGUUUGUUUCUUCCCCUUCAUGGCUCAAGGCCACAUGAUUCCAGUUCUAGACAUGGCCAAGCUGUUCUCCAGCAGAGGAGCCAAAUCAACCAUCAUCACAACCCCAAUCAACUCUAAGAUCUUGGAGAAACCCAUUGAAGCAUUCAAGAAUCAGAACCCUGAUCUCGAAAUCGGAAUCAAGAUUUUCGAUUUCCCUAGUGUAGAGCUUAAACUGCCUGAAGGGUGCGAGAACGUUGACUUCAUCAACUCAUACCAAAAACCUGACGCAGGUGACUUGUUCUUAAAGCUUCUUUUCUCUACCAAGUAUAUGAAACAGCAAUUGGAGAGUUUCAUCGAAACAACCAAGCCAAGCUGUCUUGUGGCUGAUAUGUUCUUCCCUUGGGCGACGGAAUCCGCGGAGAAGUUUGGUGUUCCAAGACUUGUGUUCCACGGCACAUCUUUCUUUUCCUUGUGUUGUUCUUAUAGCAUGAGGACUCAUAAGCCACACAAGAAAGUCCCUACGAGUUCUACUCCUUUUGUAAUCACUGGUCUCCCAGGGGACAUAGUUAUCACAGAAGAACAAGCCAAUAUUGCCAGCGAAGAAACUCCAAUGGGAAAGUUCAUGAAAGAAGUCAGGGAAUCAGAGUCCAAUAGCUUUGGUGUUUUGGUGAAUAGCUUCUACGAGCUGGAACCAGCUUAUGCUGAUUUUUACCGUAGUUUUGUGGCGAAAAGAGCUUGGCAUAUUGGUCCGCUUUCGCUAUCCAAUAGAGGGUUUGCGGAGAAAGCCGAAAGAGGGAAAAAAUCGAACAUUGAUGAGCAAGAAUGCCUCAAAUGGCUCGACUCUAAGACGCCUGGUUCAGUGGUUUACGUAUCCUUUGGCAGCGGAACUAACUUCACCAACGAGCAGCUGUUAGAGAUCGCUUUUGGUCUUGAAGCCUCUUGCCAAAAUUUCAUCUGGGUGGUUAGGAAAAAUGAUAACCAAGGUGAAAAUGAAGAGUGGUUGCCUGAAGGGUACGAGGAGAGGACGAAAGGGAAAGGGAUCAUCAUACGCGGGUGGGCCCCGCAGGUGCUGAUACUUGACCACAAAUCGGUUGGAGGGUUUGUGACACACUGCGGAUGGAACUCGGCUUUGGAGGGCAUUGCCGCGGGGCUGCCUAUGGUGACUUGGCCAAUGGGGGCUGAGCAGUUCUACAACGAGAAACUAUUGACAAAAGUGUUGAGAACAGGAGUGAACGUAGGAGCUACGGAGUUGGUGAAAAAAGGAAAGUUGAUUAGUAGAGAGGAAGUGAAUAAGGCAGUGAGGGAAGUGAUAGCUGGAGAAGAGGCAGAGGAAAGGCGAAAAUGGGCUAAGAAGCUAGGCGAGAUGGCUAAAGCCGCUGUGGAUGAAGGAGGUUCUUCUUAUAAUGAUUUGAACAGAUUCAUGGAAGAGCUGAAUGGUAGAAAGUAGAAGAGUACAGAGCAUAUUGUUGUGAGAUAGAUUAUUGGCUUUGUUAGCUUUAGCUACGCCGUUUGAGUUUGUUUAAAGAAAGUCCACAGUGUAUUCCUACGUGAUAAAUCUUUAAUAAGCCAAUCGUAUAGAUUGGAAGAAAUGUAUUAGGUAUAAUGAUAUGCAAGGAAGAUUCAAGUAUCUCUGUAUCUGAUUUAAGAGAUCGUUCUGGUUUGAACUCGUGUUUUA